AUGUAUUUCCUAUCGACAGUCAAGAAGCUCGUUAUUUUCGGAUCAUUGGGCACAGCGUCGGCGGCAUAUAUCGACUUUACAAGUCUGCCGUCACAUCCGAGACUGUUAUUCACCCAGGAACGUGUGAAAGCGGUACUAUCAAUGAAUGGAAGCGACACAUACUACAGAGGAAUUCUUGCAUCAUUGAAAGAUACGGCAGAUUCUGCUGUGGCUUCUCCUUUAUCUCUUACCUCUGCAACUGCCUGGUCGAGCACUAUUCGAAUGAAUGUUGGUGCCGUGGCGGGCACCUUUCUGCUGACCAACGAUACCAUAUACUCCGAUUGGGUUGCUGAUAGCAUAAUUUUGCUUUCAAAACUUUCAGAUUGGGAUACGUCAAACUUUUUGACCACCGCAGACAUUGCUAUGACUGUAUCAAUUGGCUACGACUGGACCUAUGAUGUAUUGACAGCAGAUCAACGCAAGGAAGUUGAAUCUGCUAUCGCCACGAAAUCUCUUGUACCAGCUCUAAACUCCUCGAUUAAUUCGUGGAGUGAACACACCAACAACUGGGCUCAAGUCACACAUGGGUGUUUGAUUAUUGCGGCUCUUGCGAUUGGAGAUACCGAUACCACCGUUGCGGACAGUAUUAUGGACUUCUCUUUCCCCAAGCUAAACGUUUCUUUGGAACAAUAUGCCCCAGAUGGAGGCUGGAUCGAAGGUUAUUCAUAUGGAACAUAUGCCGGGAUAUUUUUGGGGCUGAUGAUGGGGAGCUUGGAGACGGCAACGGGGGACGAUCUUGGCAUAUCCAAGCUACCAGGAAUGAGCAACCUCGGGACGUGGCUUACACAUGGCUUCGGUCAGACCGGAGGAUUCAGCUGGGCUGACGGUGCUUGGACAUUCUCAAAUGCUAACAGCCUAUGGAGUGUCGGCUACUGGGCGCAAAAGUUUAAUUCGCCUGAAUGGCUCCAGGGGAUGUUGUCUCGAUUCAGCACAAAAGAAGCGGCGACAUUCCAAGCUUUUGUUUUCUAUAACUCUAGUUUUAUGAGCCCCAAUAUCCUACCUACUAUGCCGAGAUACAAUCAAUUUGCUGGUACAGCUGGGAUGACCUACCGCACGUCAUGGGAGGACUCCAACGGAUGGUUUUUUGGUUUCAUGGGAGGUUUCAAUGGACGUUCUCAUGGCCAUCUUGAUGCGGGAUCUUUUGUUAUUGACUAUCAAGGCUAUCGAUGGGCGGAACUAUUGGGCUCAGACAGCUACAGCUUAACGCAAUAUUUUGUUGGUCCUCGUCGCUGGACAUAUUACCGAUGCAGAAGCGAAGGUGCAAAUACUCUCAGCAUCUCGAAUACAACUCAAUCUGCUUUGCACUUUGCCAACCAAAUUCCUUCAGCAAACAAUUCUUUACGCUGGGUAGGUAGCUUUGAUAAUUCGAGUCGCUUUGGAAUUGCAAACCUCUCUGAAGCGUACGCGAAUGUGACUUCCUCUGUACUUCGAGGAGUGGCAUUCUUAAACGGCUCACAGAUACUUAUUCGUGAUGAAAUACAUGCUUUAAAGGCAGUUGACAUUGCAACGAGUUGGCACACCGUGGCUUCUGUCAACAUCGACUCCAAUAAUAGAAGCGCAACGCUCACCCAGGGAUCAGUGGUUAUGAAUCUCACUCUGCUAUCACCUCCUGGGGCGUUUCUGGAGUUAGAGGAUACGAAUCCAUGCAAUUCAUAUAGCCCUUGUGCAGAGGCAACUAAUACUGGAAUAUAUAACCUAGCGGUUAGGCUUGCCAGUUUGACGACUGAGGCGAAUAUCUCGGUGGUUUUGAUGGAAAGUGGAAAUGAAAUUAUACAGUUCAAUAGGCCGUUAAGCCAAUGGUAUCCCAGGUGUGAGGUAGAUUGCUGGGAUUCCGCAAAUAUCGAUGAUCCAUAUUGGCUUAGAAACUCUGAAAUUUACUAUUGA